AUGGGGUCUCAGCAGCAGCAGCAGCGGGAGUUGGAAGUGACGGUGCUAUCGGCGCAAGACUUGAAGAACGUGAAGUUGACGGGGGGCACCAUGGACCCUUACUGCGUGGCGUGGAUCUACCCCCACACGAAGGUUGCCGGGCCCGUGAACAAGGGCGGGGGCGUGAACCCCACAUGGAAUGCUCUGGUGAGACUGGUGGUGGAGGAGACACUCCUGGAGCAGGGCAGCGCCAACAUCACCGUGGAGAUUUACCACCACAGCAAGCUGUCGAACAAGUUGGUUGGGACUGCCAGCGUGCCUCUCUCCGACGUGAACGCCCAGGCGAAGGGGUCAAAGCCGCUGUCGUACCCAGUCCAGAAGAAGUCGGGGCAGCGGCAGGGAGUGAUCAACGUGGCCGUGAAGGUGGGGAAGGUGUUGUCGGCAGAGGAGGCCGCCAAGUACGCCGCUCCAGCAGUGGGCCUGCCCGCCAUGGCGGCAGGCGGACAGCACUACGCCCAGCAGCAGUACCGCCAACAGCAGUACUACCCCCAGCAGCAGUAUUACCCCCAGCAGUAUGCGCAGUCGAGCUACUACCAACAAGCCCCGAGGCGAAGCAGCAUGAUGGGAGGCCCCGGAAUGGGGCUGGGCGCUGGGUUGUUGGGUGGCGUGUUGCUGGGAUCCGCUCUUGACGGUGGCGGUUGCGGUGGCGGAUGUGGAGGAGGCUGUGGUUGUUGA